AUGAGAGAGAGGAGGGUGGAUCAGGAACGGGAGCUGGAGGUGGACGUGUCUGAGCGCCGCACACGGGAGACACGAGAGCGUGAAAUUCGUGAGAUUGAAGAUGAUGGAAGGAGGCGGAGAGAACCAGUGAGGUACGAAAGAGAGAGAGAGAUCUCAGUGGAAGCAGCGGAAGCCGACGUCAAAGUGCGCCAUGAGAUCCGGGAACGAGGUGAGGAGCUGAGAAGGAGGGAACGUCCCUGUGAGCGUGAGGAGGAAGCAGAACCAGAGAGGAGAAUCUCCCGGGUCAGAGAGAGGGAAGAGGCCCUGAGGGAGAGGAGAAUCGAUCGGCAACGGGAGCUGGAGGGCUCUGAGCGCCGGACGCGGGAAAGGGAGGAUGACGUGGCCACAAUCGGCCGGAGAGACACACGGGAAAGGCAUGAAAUUCGGGAGAUUCGUGAACUUGAAGCUGAUGCAAGAAGACAAAGGGAGUCAGAGAGGUACGAGAGGGAGAGAGAGAUCUCAGUGACAGCAGCAGAAGCCGAUAUCAAAGUGCGCCGUGAGAUCCGGGAAAGAGGUGAGGAGCUGAGAAGGAGGGAACGGCCCUGUGAGGGUGGAGAAGACAGAAGAAUUUGCCCCAGAAGAGACAGGGAAGAGCCCCUGAGGGAGAAGAGAAUAAAUCGGGAGCGGGAGCUGGAGGUGGAGGUGUCUGAGCGCCGGGCACGGGAAAGGGAGGAAGAUGUGGCUGUCAUUGGCCGGAGAGAGACACGGGAGAGACGAGAGCGUGACAUUCGUGAGGCUGAAGUGGAUGACGAGAGCGUGACAUUAGUGAGAUUGAAGAUGAUGGAAGGAGACAGAGAGAAUCAAAGAGACAGGGAAGAGCCCCUGAGGGAGAAGAGAAUAAAUCGGGAGCGGGAGCUGGAGGUGGAGGUGUCUGAGCGCCGGGCACGGGAAAGGGAGGAAGAUGUGGCUGUCAUUGGCCGGAGAGAGACACGGGAGAGACGAGAGCGUGACAUUCGUGAGAUUGAAGAUGAUGGAAGGAGACAGAGAGAAUCAGUGAGGUACGAAAGGGAGAGAGAGAUCUCAGUGGAAGCAGCAGAAGCCGACAUCAAAGUGCGCCGUGAGAUCCGGGAACGAGGUGAGGAGCUGAGAUGGAGAGUGUGUCCCUGUGACCGUGAGGAGGAAGCAGAACCAGAGAGAAGAAUUUCCCGGGUCAGAGAAGAGGCUGCGAGGGAGAGUAGAAUAAAUCGGGAGCGGGAGCUGGACGUGGUGGCCUCUGAGCGCCGGACACGGGAAAGGGAGGCAGAAGUGGCUGUCAUUGGCCAGAGAGAGUCACGGGACAGACGAGAGCGUGACAUUCGUGAGGCUGAAGUGGAUGCCAGGAGAGAACAAGAAGUCUAUGACAGGAGAAGAGAGAUCUCAGCGGAAGCAGCGGAAGCCGAUGUCAAAGUGCGCCGUGAGAUCCGGGAACGGGAACCACGAGAGGAGCUGAGAAGGAGAGAACGUCCGUGUGAGGAUGAGGAGGAAGCAGAACCAGAGAGGAGAAUCUCCCGGGUCAGAGAAGAGGCUGCGAGGGAGAGGAGAAUUGAUUGGCAACGGGAGCUGGAGGUGGAGGCCUCUGAGCGCCGGACACGGGAAAGGGAGGAAGAAGUGGCCAGAGUCGGCCGGAGAGAGACACGGGAGAGACAAGAGCGGGACAUUGACAUUCGUAACAUUGAAGAUGAUGGAAGGAGACAGAGAGAACCAGUGAGGUACGAAACGGGGCGAGAGAUCUCAGUGGCAGCAGCAGAAGCCGACAUCAAAGUGCGCCGUGAGAUCCGGGAACGGGAACCACGAGAGGAGCUGAGAAGGAGAGAACGUCCCUGUGAGCGUGAGGAGGAAGCAGAACCAGAGAGGAGAAUCUCCCGGGUCAGAGAAGAGGCCCUGAGGGAGAGGAGAAUCAACCGUGAACAGGAGCUGGAGGCCUCCGAGCGCCGCAGCCGCCAGACAUGGGACAGGGAGGCAGAAGUGACCAUCACUGACCAGAGGGAGGCACGUGAUGAGGUCAGGCUGGAGGUCCUGGAGGAAGAAGAUGAGGAGGAGCUGGAGCAGGGCCAGUGUCGGUACCAGACCCUGGACGUGGACACCGGCGAUCUCUGUCCCCCAGGACAGGAGGUGCCCGUCAGUGACCUCAGGGUCCGGUACCGCCCCGCUGACCCCGACGUCCGGCCCGAGGUGCGGCUGCUCCCCGAGCCCGUGGAGCCUCAGACCGUCGCCUACUUGGUGCAUGUGAUCCAGAACCUGGAGGACCCCAAGGCCGCCACCUACGAGAUCGUGUGCCACCAGCCCGGCCAGCGGGGCCAGCCCGUGUGUGUCCGGACCUGCUCCGUGUCCCCACGGCCACCGAGCGACCGCGGGGGCCAGCCCGAGGCGCCGCCAUCCAAAUGCCAGGAAAACCGCGAGGUUCUGGAUGAGCCCCGGGAAAGAUCCGGAAAAGAGGUGAAGGACGGAGCCCUGCGGGAUUCGGCUGAGCCGGAGGCUGUGAAAGGCGAGCGGGUGAAAUCCAAGGAGAUCCGGAAGCGCCCCGAGAUCCCUGAGGUGGAGCAGGAUCAGCCCCAGGGUGAGGAGCCCCAGAAGGUCCCACGGGAGCCCGGAUCCGGCUGCCAGCGGAGAGAGCGCGAGGACGGCGAGGCCAAGAGCUGCGUCCCCCCGGAAUGUCGGGAUGCGGAGCGGAGAGACCCCGGAGAGACCCGCAGAGAGGGAGUCCAGGAGGCUCAGGAGGCUCCUGAGGAGGAACCCAGCAAGAGGAGCCCCCGGGAACCCGGCAGUUCCCAGGUUUCUCGGGAAGGUGGCACCAAGCAGGGCCAGGAGCCCCCGCAGGAGGCCCCGAGCCGCCCCAGGGAUGAAUCCAAGACAUCCUGA